AUGAUACCAAUCAAGCCGACCUCAGUAGCAUCUAGAUUCGUCUCUCAAUCAGAACUAGAAGCAGCCCGUUCCUCCUCCUCUACUGCCCCUGACGGGGACUAUGAUCCGCGAAGCCUAUUCGAACGACUCCAAGCAAAUAAGGAGGUGAAGGAUGCAAAGUAUGAUGAGAUGUUUAAACUUUCCAAUCAGUUCCGGGGGAUAGAUGAGAGCGAGAGUGAAUUUUUAGCGGGUGUAGCCGAGGAGAGGAAAAGGGAAGAGGAGGAGAGAAGACGGAGGGAGAGAGAGGAAUUGGAGCUCUUUAGGGCCCAGAAGUCUGGAAAGGUAAAGUUUGGCGAGGGAACAGAGGAGGAACGGGUACGGAAGAAAGAGGUGGAGAAGGAGGAGGAGAAGGCGGAUGAGGAGGAGAAAGGGCAGAAGGAUGAAGCGAAACUGCGAGGUAGUUGGGGAGGAAAGAAGAAGAGAAAAGCCAACUCUUCGCUAUUAGGAGUGGUGAAAAAGAAGCCUUCAACACCCGGCACCACAUUUAGCAGUGGCGAAGCGGAGAAAGCGAAGCCCAGCACAAUACAAACAACGCAAGGCAGGGAAACGUAG